UACACUAAAAGAGAGACAAGAAUCAAGGUAAAAAAGAAAAAAAACAAUGAGCGACACUCUGAACGGAACGAUCAAUAUGAAAUUGCCAGUGCCAGUGUCUUCCAACUUGGUCCGUUCCUAUCCUCCUAUCCUCCUAUCCUAUCCUAUUUCUCCUGGUCUGACAUGAUGCCACAUCUGUCGCGAUGCUGUCUCGAGAUCUCGAUCAAGACCUCACAGGCCAGAAGACUUGUUCGACUCAGACAGGACAUCCAUCAACGACUCUGGUGCGGAGGCUGA